GUGAGGAGUCUGGAUCCAUCCGACACGGGGACGCUCUCUCCCGGUGAAGAUCUGCACAGGACCGCGCCACUGCUCCAGGAGACAAAAUGCCCAAAGAGUUCACACAGGAGGAGAUGGAGGAGAUCCAGGUGGCGUUCCAAAAUGUGGAUGUGGAUGGUAAUGGGUACGUGACAGCCAACGAAAUUGGGGGGCUGUUCCAGGAACUGGGCAAACCCAUGCCCGGCUACAAGAUCCGAGAGCUGCUGGAGUCUCUGGACCGGGACAAAGACAGCCGCAUCAGCCUGGAAGAGUUCACCGAAAUGUUCCGUGAUGUUAAAAGUAACACGAUGGCGUCUGCGUUUAAAAGUGCUCUGAAACAGAAAGAGGGAAUCGUCUCCAUUGGAGGAACCAGUGAAAUCUCCAGUGCUGGGACCACACACACCAUUGCAGAGGAGGAGCGCCAUGCUUUCGCCAACUACAUAAACGUGAGCCUGAAGGACGACCCAGACUGUUCUAAUUUACCCAUCGAUCCAAAUAAUGACUCUCUCUUCAAAGCAGUUUCCAAUGGAAUUAUUCUAUGUAAGCUGAUAAACCACUCUGUACCUGACACCAUCGAUGAGAGGACAAUUAACAUAAAGAAACUCACCGCUUUUACCAUCCAGGAAAACUUGAACCUGGCAUUGAACUCGGCGUCUGCGAUCGGCUGUCAGGUGGUAAACAUCGGAGCAUCUGAUCUGAAGGAGGGGAAACCUCACCUGGUGCUUGGGCUGCUCUGGCAAAUCAUCAGGAUCGGACUGUUUGCCAAUAUAGAACUCAGCAGGAAUGAAGCGUUGGCGGCCCUGUUGGAGGAGGGGGAGACUCUGGAGGACCUGAUGCGUCUGAGUCCAGAGGAGCUGCUGCUGCGAUGGAUGAACUUCCACCUGAAGAAAGAUGGAAUCAUUGUCAAAAACUUCUCUUCUGACGUGAAGGACUCUGUGGCGUAUUUCCACCUCCUUGAAGCGAUCGCUCCAGACGGCAGCAAAGAAGAUGAACCCAAAAUAGAAAUAGACAUGAAUGGAUGUUACCUUGGGGACAACACAAAGCGCGCAGAGGCCAUGCUGCAGGAGGCGGACAAACUGGACUGUCGACAGUUCGUUACCCCCGGUGACGUAGUGAGCGGAAAUGCCAAACUCAACAUGGCCUUCGUCGCCACGCUGUUCAACAAAUACCCCGCCCUGACCAAACCCGAAAAUCAGGACUUCAAUCUGGAGAGUGAGACGAGAGAAGAAAGGACUUUCAGAAACUGGAUGAACUCACUUGGAGUCAACCCACAUGUCAACCAUCUGUACGGUGACAUACAGAGUGCCUUAGUGAUAUUUCAGCUUUAUGAAAAAGUGAAUGUUGAGGUGAACUGGGACAGAGUGAACCGUGGACCCUUCAAACAGAUGAUCGGAGGAAACAUGAAGAAGGUGGAGAAUUGUAACUAUGCGGUGGAGCUGGGAAAGACCAAAGCUAAAUUCUCAUUGGUUGGAAUUGGAGGAGAAGAUCUUUAUAAUGGCGUCCAAAAUCUAACGCUAUCUGUUCUCUGGCAACUCAUGCGAAGAUACACAGUAAAUGUCCUCUCAGAUCUUGGUCAUGGAGAAGUGGCUGGUGAUGACUUAAUCGUGUCGUGGGUGAAUGAAACUCUAGAAAAAGCAGGAAAGACCUCAUCAAUCAAAAGCUUUAAGGACCCAGAGAUCAGUAACAGUCAGCCCAUACUGGACCUGAUCGACGCCAUCCAGCCCUCCAGUGUGAAGUUUGACCUGGUCCACACCAAAGAUGAGCUCACGGACGAAGAGAAGCUGUCCAACGCUAAAUAUGCCAUCUCUAUGGCCAGAAAAAUCGGUGCCAAAGUUUAUGCUCUGCCUGAAGACAUCGUGGAGGUGAACCCCAAAAUGGUGAUGACCAUCUUUGCCUGUCUGAUGGGACGAGGUCUGAAGAAGGUCUAAACUGGGACUAAACCAGUUCUAAACCAGGUCUAAAUCGGGUCUAAAACAGGUCUAAACAGGAUCUGAAUCAGCUCCAACCCAGAUCUAAAUUGGGAAUAGACCAGUUUAAACUAACUGCAAUAUAUUUUUACACAUUUCAAUUUAGAGACUUUUCUUUGCAUUUCAAGUAAGAAUGGACUUGGAAACAGCACUGGAUUCUCUGUGUAAUAAAGAAUAUGACUAGUUUA